AACUAGACCCUCGUUCGCUCGCUGGCUCAAAGUUCACGCGCCACCACGUUGGCCCAACCGAACCCUAGCCGCCAGGUGUCCCUGAACGAACAAGGGAAAUCACUGUCCGGCCUUCCCGAUGGGCGACGGCGAACCGGCGCUUCGGCCACCACCCUCCGAACCAAAUGCUGGCAAUGGUCUUGAUCUGGAGAAGUAUUCCUGGACUCAGCAGCUGCCAGAGGUUAAUAUCACAGUUCCUAUCCCUGAAGGAACAAAGUCAAGGUUUGUUGUCUGUGAGAUUAAAAAGGAUCAUCUGAAGGUUGGGUUGAAGGGCCAGCUUCCUAUCGUUGAUGGUGAGCUCCACAAACAAGUUAAAGUUGAUGACUGCUUCUGGAGCAUAGAGGAUGGAAACACUCUGUCUAUAUUGCUUACGAAGCAGAAUCAGAUGGAAUGGUGGAAAUCUGUGAUAAAAGGUGACCCUGAAGUUGAUACCCAGCGUGUAGAGCCAGAGAGUAGCAAACUUUCUGAUUUGGAUCCUGAGACUAGACAAACUGUGGAGAAGAUGAUGUUUGACCAACGCCAAAAGCAGAUGGGUCUCCCCACAAGUGACGAAAUGCAGAAUCAAGAAACGCUCAAGAAAUUCAUGGCCGAGCACCCGGAGAUGGAUUUCUCAGGGGCGAAAAUAGCUUGAGAUGGUGGGAUCCAAGGCAAUCAACUGGGAGAUGUUGGAAUGGAGAAAUCACUCGUUUCUACCUUAGUUAGUAUACCAUGUCUGUCUAUGUCAGCUCCUUUUUGUUUUGGGACGGACAACUAAUAUGUAGAACUGAACUGCGUUUUUUUUCUUGGUAGAAUCGAUUGCUGUCAGUAGACGUUAUUAAUAUGAUGCUUGCUUGGGGAAAAACAAUCGGUCCUUCAUUUGCCAUACACGUGAAAUCAUGUUGUGAUUUACGGAGAAGGUUUCAACUGUUC